AUGUCAGGAUCUUUCCCUUCUUCCUCUUCUUCUCAACCAGAACAAGGAUCAUCAAAUACUUCAACAUUACCUAGUACCGGUCAUUCAAUUCAGACUGAUAUCAAUCAAGAUCAGCCACCUUUACCACCCUACGCUCGACCUUCAGUUGGUGAAUAUUCUCCCACGUCUGCUCCAGCAAGUAAGAUGAGUUCAAGUAAUUCAACUCCACCUGAAUUGGGAUCAGGCUCAGGUUCAGCUUCGGGAUCGGGAUCAUCAAUCAAUAACGAAGAAGAACAAUUAGACUUGGCUAGAUCGACCGCAAGUAGAUUGGGAUUACCUCUACAACGACCUAGUCUAGGUUCUACUCCAUCUACUGAACCACUCAUCGCACCUGGUGAUAUUUCACCUUCUACCACACCUGUCAACAACCCUUUCUCUGUUAAUACCAACACUCAAGGACAAAGACUCAGCGUGGGUGGUGGCGGUUCAGCCAACCCAUUCGGUGGAUCAUCAGCUUCUUCAAAAUCGUCCAUCUCAAUACCUUCGCCUACUGCCCCUAAAAUAAGAAUCAACGAUAUGCCCAAUUCUCCCCCUUCUGAAGAUGUCUCUCAGGCUCCUACUCCUCCCGCUGUACCCGACUCAGCAGCCCCAAGCUCGACCUCAUCCCACGGGUUCAGCUCGCCAUUCUCUAAACCUUCUGCAUUGAGAAGUUCGAUCAAUUCCAUACCCGCUUCACCAACCAACAAAAGAGCAUCUAAUGGCUCGACCGUCUCUGCCGCUGGAGGAGUCUUGACUGCUUCAGGGGUAGAAGUCAAUCAAGGUAAAAAUAAUAUCGCUGCUAGAAGAGCGUUGAGGAUGAAACAAGCUCAAUCAACCGAUUCAAAAGGUGCUAAUGGUCGAUAUUCCAAUUACACUCAACCUAACAAGAAUGCCGCGUUGAAUAGGAAAGCAUUCCAAUCGACUAGGUUGAAAGGUGAAAUUUAUAAACCUUGGUUGGAACAGAGAGAUCCAGCGCUAAGAUGGGCUAGAUGGAUUACUAUUGGAAGUAUCGUUUUGGGUUUCGCUAUUGCCGCUGUUAUCUGUUGGGAUGGAUAUAGGUCUGUACCUAAACUUGGGAAAGUAUGUAACCUCAUCAAUGAAGAUUUCUCGAGUGGCAGUAUCGAUUCUAGUAUCUUCCAACAUGAAGUUCGAUUAGAUGGAUACGGUUACGGUUCAUUCCAAUGGACUACCAAUGACGCUAAAAACUCCUACGUGAAAGAUGGUGUUUUAUACAUCGUACCAACUCUCACAUCGGACGAUAUCGGUGUAGACGCAAUUACAAAUGGAUAUACGGUCAAUCUUACUGCAGAUGGUACAUGUACCUCGACCAACGUAUCCAAUUGUGUGGCAGUAUCCAACUCCUCCCAAUUGACUGUUAUCAACCCUGUCAAAACUGCUCGAUUGAUCACCAAGAACUCUCACUCGAUCAAAUAUGGUAAAGUCGAAGUGAAAGCAAAAUUCCCUACUGGUGAUUGGUUAUGGCCCAGAAUAUCGAUGUUACCUGUUAAUAACACUUAUGGAGCAUGGCCUAGAUCAGGUCAAAUCAAUAUCCUCAAUGGAAAGGGCAAUAAUGCUUCUUACGAUAGUAGAGGUGUAGAUUAUGCUCAGUCUGAUUUGCAUUGGGGUCCCACGGUCGAUCUCGACAGACAAUAUUUGACUUGGGGAUACAGAGAACAACGACGAACUUACUAUUCACAGAAAUACCAUACCUUCGGAUUAGAAUGGAAUGAUCAAUUCAUGUGGACCUAUAUUGAUUCUCGUGUUUCUCAAGUUAUCUCAUACAGAUUUAACAAAGAAUCGUUCUGGUCCAGAGGAAAGUUCCCUACUACGUAUACGAACAACACCGAGGUAAUCAAAUUGAUCAACCCAUGGUUGGCUUCUUCCGAAAAUGUUGCUCCAUUCGAUCAACCAUUCUACCUCAUGAUUGAUCUCGCCGUUGGAUCUCAAGACGGAUGGUUCCCAGAUGGUACAGGUGGUAAACCAUGGAUUGAUCAAUCCGGAUCUGCAAUGUCUGACUUCUGGGCGGCUAAAUCGAAAUGGUGGGAUUCAUCUUGGACGGCCAAAGAUGCUACGGCUGAGGAUAGGGCUUUUGCCAUUGAGAGCGUAAAGAUGUGGGAGAAAUGUUAG